AUGAAGGGAUUCGGAAAACCGGAAACAUCUGGAGAUCCAGUAUUAGAAGCUGUGGGUUCUAAUAACGGCUAUCAUAAAAGAAAAGCAAACUGGGAUUUACGAUUUAUACGUUGCUUUUCGUGCCGCUUGCGUCUCUACCUUGUAAAGGAAUCAGGUAGUUGCGAGGAAGAGUAUGAAAACUUUAACUGUCAUGGAUUACUGCACGAUGUGGACCGGCCGGUGAUGCUGAUGUUACUAAUCCGAUCGCCUACCUGUUUGCAUGAGCAGUUCCAAAUAACAAUAACGCCAAAGGGAAAGAUUAUCCGUUGUGGAUUCCGUUUACCGUCAAUUUUGAAACGCUUACCGCAAGACCUUGUUGGGUGUUGUUACUACGAUCUGGUUCAUGAGGGCGAUUUGCUUGAUGUUUCACAGCAUCACAAACAAGGUCUUUUCUUUCAACUGAAACAAUUUACGUCUUAUUUGUUGCAACAGAUGAAUAAUUUCCUGCGGAACGGUGAUCCCCCUCAGUUUCUACUGAUAGACUGA